AUGCCCACCAUCUAUUCCUCGCUGUACUCGAAUUUCAUCCGUCAAGGAUCAACUGUCGCAAAGUCCAUCACAACCCAUGGCUACGCUCAGUCUUUCGUAGCUGCUACUCAUCCACACGUUCUCAACUCGCAGAACCGCCCCGUCUUUGGACGUCGACAUACCAACCGACUUGGCCUUUCCGCCCUCCAGUUUCAUUCGACUUUCCACAAGGAUCUCAACGGCGCUUCCGACCACAAAAAUGCGCAUACCCAUUUACCGUUAGACGCCUACUUUGAGGCCUUGCAAAAGCACCAAGCUAGUGGCGAGCUUGAUAAGGAAUGGACGCAGUUUGAGUUCCCAAAGCAGAUUGAGUGGAAGCCUAGCGCCGCCACCGUCCUCCAAGGUGAGGAUGCGGUUGUCGCUGAGGCAGAGGCUCUCGCGGCAUCGGAAACUCACUCGGCUAUUUCUGCUGAAGACGAGGCUGCCCUCGCACACAUUGACGCCGCUCUUGAGAGAGAGCUUGAAGCGCGGAAGCUCCUGGACGCUGCUGAGAAUGCGCCUGCUGUCGGGCAGUCUUCUUCGGUACCUCUGUCUCGAACCGGAACACCCUCUGGCCGGAGAUCCAAGUCUCCAGCUAUCGCUCGCACUUCGUCGCCCGAUGUCGACCGCCAGUCCCAGUCUUACGCUGACCACCUCUUCAAACUGUCGGCAGCUGGACGAUAUGCCGAGAUUCCUGCCGUGUUUGAGGCCAUGCUGGCCACUGGCGUUAAGCCCAUUGCCAGCGCAUACAAUGCCCUGCUGGUAGCUGCUAUUCAUAUUCCUAGCAAGAAGAUCGAAAUUGUAUCCAAAGCACUCGAUGUCUAUGCGGACAUGGUCCGUCGCCGAAUUUCUCCUGACAGCGAUACAUACGAUAUCCUUGUUGGCCUGUUGGCCUCUCGAUCUGUGGAGGUGUCUGAGAUGAAGGUGGCCCUGGAGGACAAGCGUCAAAGAUUUGGUGGCAUGGACGAGCCUGGCAAGUUCAUGCUCGCUUCUCACGAGCUUGAACAUGCCAUUCUUUGUGAGGAUGAUAGACUUGAUCUUGCCAUGAAGCUCUUCAACUCAUCGGUGGACGUUGAUGCGGCCAUGUACUCCUCUGAGACAUAUCACCAGUUGAUCUCCGCCUGUGCCGAGUCUGGCCGUGUUUCAGACAUGCUUCGACUUUUUGAGCACAUGGAGUCCACCAAGACAGUGCCAUUUGCCUCUAUUUUCCCUACUAUGAUCAGCGCCUUUGCUGAGCGAGGCGACCUAGUCAGUGCCGUCGAGUGCUACAACGAGUACCGUAGCCUGGCCGUUGCCCAAGACGGAGGCAAAGCUACUCUGCAUGACCGCGUCGACUCCGAGGUAUAUGCGGCUGUGAUCAACGCCUAUGUCGUCUCCGACAAAAUUGAAGGUGCUAUGAAGUUCUUCGAGAAAAUCGUCAAGGAGUAUGGCGUUCGUGCAAAGGACAUUAAGGAUGCGUUGGUCAGCACAGGGUUUGUCAAGGGCUUCAUUUCUCGAGGCAUUUACCAAGAAGCCUUCCAAUGGGCUCAGUCUGUUGAAGCCGAGUCACAGUCCGAGGCUAUGAUUCGAAUUGCCACUGUCGCAGCGGACCACAACGACAAUAUAACCGCUACCGAGGCUUAUGCCAAUAUCGUAGCUGAGCCGCAGGCCCUCGUCACACCUACGACGGCCCUUUUAGCCAUGAGUAUCCGAGGUGGCGACGUUGCUGCCGCUACCAAGUACUGGCAUGCGCUCAACAACCCCGAAGUAAAGGCUACCGUCGACUUCAUUGAGCCCACUGUGAUGUAUGCUGUGGCCUUGAUUGGAUCUGGACAGGUCGCUGAGGGUCUGGCUCAAUCUGAGAUGAUGUUUAAGAGAAUUCGUGCUUCGGAAGCUGAAUUAGCUGAAGAGAUUGACGAGGGCGUUGACUUCAUCCGCCGUUAUAUGGAACGCCGUGGCCUCACCGAUCCUCGUGAGAUCGCGUCCCAAACUCACAACGGCACUCCCUUUAUGCCAACACCUUCUGUUGCUAGCUUUGAAGACACUUUCGACCCUUAUGCGCACAACACGGAUUUCAAGGGCUCUUCUCUCAUUGCUGAGGACCUUGAGGGUGGCCAUGGGCGAAAAGGCUCUCGCUUGAACGACGCCCUUGGACGUUUCCGCAACAUUCGCCGUGCUGGUCGUCAUCCUCGCUAUAUCACCUACGCAAAGUUGAUUUCUGCUGCCGCUCGAGAUGGAAAGAUGGACUUGUGUCACGAACUUUUCGCCAUGGCUCGAACAGACAUGCCCUUGCUGGCUCAGUACGCAGUUGUUCGAUAUGGGUGGUUCUCUAUUCUCGAUGCCAUGGUCGCUGCUUGCUUGACCUUGGGCAACCGUGGCCGCGCCGAGCAGUACCAUCAGGAGCUCUUGGAAAUGGGCGCCGCUCCGUCUGCAAAUACGUAUGGUCUCUACAUUACGACCUUGAAAGACUCCACCAGGACUUUUGAUGAGGCUUCUGCAGCUGUGCAAAUAUUUCACAGGGCCAAGUCUGAGGGUGUCGAGCCCAGCUCUUUCCUCUAUAACGCUGUCAUUGGCAAGUUGGGCAAGGCCCGCCGUAUCGACGAUUGCUUGUUCUACUUUGCUGAGAUGAGGGCUUCGGGAAUCAAGCCCACUUCGGUUACAUAUGGAACCAUUGUUAACGCUCUGUGCCGUGUAAGCGACGAGAAAUUCGCUGAGGAACUGUUCGACGAGAUGGAGGCGAUGCCUAACUAUAAGGCACGUCCUGCGCCAUAUAAUAGUAUGAUGCAGUUCUUUCUCACUACCAAGCGCGAUAAGACCAAAGUACUUGCCUACUACGAGCGCAUGAAGGCCAAGGGCAUCGCUCCUACUUCUCACACUUUCAAACUUCUUAUCGACACUCAUGCUACAUUGGAACCCGUCGACAUGCCCGCCGCUGAGAAGGUCUUGGAGGUGAUUCGUGCUUCCGGCCAACCGGAACCUGUCCACUACUCUUCACUCAUUCACGCCCGCGGUUGUGUACUGCAUGAUAUUGACGGGGCCAAGAAGCUAUUCGACUCUGUUGUUCGCGAAUCACUGGUGCCUGUCAAUGCAAGCUUGUAUCAGGCACUCUUUGAAUCCAUGGUUGCCAACCACCAGGUUGCCGAUACCGAGCCUCUCCUUGCCCAGAUGCGACAGAAGCGGGUUGAACUUACGCCGUACAUCGCCAACACCUUGAUUCAUGGCUGGGCUGCCCAGAACAAUAUCAGCAAAGCCCGUGAAAUUUAUGAUGCUGUGGCUCGUGAGAAGCGGGAGCCAAGCACUUACGAAGCUAUGACGCGGGCCUACUUGGCCGUUGAACAGCGCGACCAGGCCGAAACUGUUGUCUCAGAGAUGCGUACUCGUGGCUAUCCUAGUGCUGUGGUGAAUAAGGUCUUGGAACUCCUUGGCGGUGGCCGGGAGGCCCCUGUUUUGUAA